UUCUGCUUCGCUCCAUAAAUCUCGCUCUCAGUCUCUCCAUUGGCCUCUCAUUUCUGUAGAAACCAAUAUGAGUUGAAUCCAGAACGAGUGGAAAUGGAAGCUGCGCUUAUCGGAUUCCCCCUAAAACCCUCCCUUCUUAAUCCCUUCCCUCGUGGCUUCACUUCUUCCCCGCCCGGACGACGCGACCUACGCAAACUCGCUGCUGUCGCACCGAAAAAAUCGAUCUUGGUCCCAAAAGAUCACCUUGAUGAUGGAGUCGGUCGAGAAAACGAGAAGGAAGAGCUUUCGCGGGAAUCCUACAACGCUUUGAUCCAAUCCCACUGCGCAAAGGGCCGCCUUGACCGGUCUUUGCACCUCUUGAGCCGGAUGGAGGCGGCGGGGAUGCGCCCAAGCACGGCGUGCUACGCCCGCCUCGUCUACGCGUUGGGGCGCACGGGGAGGACGCUCGAGGCUGACGCCGUCUUCCGAGAGAUGAAGUGGUCCGGCCAUCGGCUGACCUCGAAGGAGUACAACGCACUCCUCGGCGGGUUCUUGAGGAAAGGGCAGCUCUUGAUGGCUGAUCGCUUGCUGGUCGAGAUGGGCAAGGAGGGCAUCGAUCGGAAUCGAGAGACUUACUUGCUCCUCCUGGAUUCGUACGUCCAUUCCGGGCGGUUAGAGGACACCUGGUGGGUUCUUGGAGAGAUGAAGGAGAAGGGUUUUUGGUUGGAUUCUUUCGUUUAUAGCAAAAUCAUAAGGCUUUACAGGGACAAUGGCAUGUGGAAGAAGGCUAUGAGCCUUGUGGUGGAGAUGCAUGAACUAGGGAUUGAACCUGACGUGAGGAUGUACAAUGGUAUGAUCGAUACAUUUGGGAAGUAUGGUCAGUUGGAUGAAGCAGUUAAGAUAUUUGAGAAAAUGCAGAGUACAGGCUUGAAACCGGACAUCAUGACUUGGAAUGCACUGAUUCGGUGGCAUUGCAAGGCUGGAGAUCUGAAACACGCUCUUGGAUUCUUUGCAAAAAUGCAGGAAGCAGGAUUGUACCCUGAUCCUAAGAUCUUUGUUAAUAUCAUUAAUCGGUUAGGAGAGCGGGGAAGAUGGGAUGAGAUGAAGAAAUUGUUCGAGGGUAUGAAAUAUAGAGGUCUAAGAGAAAGUGGCAUCAUAUAUUCAAUUUUAGUGGAUAUAUAUGGUCAGUAUGGUACGUUCCACAAUGCUGAGGAGUGUGUGGCUGCACUUAAAGCCGAAGGUAUGCAGGUUUCAGCGAGCAUAUACUGUGUAUUGGCAAAUGCAUAUGCUCAGCAGGGGUUGUGUGAACAAACUUUGAGGGUGCUUCAGCUAAUGGAAGCAGAUGGCAUUGAACCAAACCUUAUAAUGUUAAAUCUGUUGAUGAAUGCAUUUGGUAUUGCUGGAAGGCACUUUGAGGCAAUGGCAGUUUUUGAACAUAUCAAGGAAAGUGGCAUCAGUCCAGAUGUGGUUACUUAUUGUACUUUAAUGAAAGCAUUCAUGAGGGGUAAAAAAUAUGAACAGGUUCCAAUAAUAUAUAAAGAGAUGGAACAUGCCGGCUGCACACCUGAUAGAAAAGCUAGAGAGAUGUUGCAUAAUGCCUCAAGUAUAUGUGAACAGAGAGGUGGUUUUAGUACAAAUUCAAAAACCUUUCUAUGAUCUGGAAACCAGUGACUUCACAAACGAG